UUAUACAUCUGAACUUUUCUAUGAGGGCAAAUUGAUGGCAAGUGGUAAACAGCCAGCACACAAAGAUUUCUAUCCUCUGACGUUCUUCACAGCAAGAGGAGAAGAUGUGCAAGAAAAAAAUAGUACUGCCUUUUACAACAAUGCAGAGGUGUUUGAAGUAGUGGAACGUGUUGAAGAACUGAGGAGAAAGUGGCCAGUAGCUUGGGGCAAAUUAGAUGAUGGCAGCAUAGGUGUUGUAACACCAUAUGCUGAUCAAGUGUUCCGAAUCCGAGCAGAGCUUCGGAAGAAAAGAUUAUCUGAUGUCAGUGUUGAAAGAGUGCUAAAUGUUCAGGGAAAGCAGUUCCGUGUGUUGUUUCUCAGUACUGUACGGACACGGCAUACAUGCAAACACAAGCAAACACCAAUAAAACGGAAAGAACAUUUAUUAGAAGAUUCAACAGAAGAUUUGGAUUAUGGUUUCCUGUCCAAUUACAAGCUUCUCAACACAGCCAUUACAAGAGCACAGUCCCUCGUAGCUGUGGUGGGAGAUCCUAUUGCUUUAUGUUCUAUCGGAAGAUGCAGGAAAUUUUGGGAAAGAUUUAUUGCCCUGUGUCAUGAUAAUGAUAGUCUUCACGGUAUCACGUUUGAUCAGAUCAAAGCUCAGUUGGAAGCUCUAGAAUUAAAGAAAACCUAUGUACUGAAUCCACUGGCUCCUGAGUUUAUUCCUCGAGCUCUGCGACAACAGCAUUCAUCCAACACCAAUAAACCACAGCAGUCACCACCAAAGGUGAAAGGCCAUCAUCAUAACCAGAAUGACCAUUUCCAGACUGAUGGGAUUGUCCAACCCAAUCCUUCUGUUUUAAUUGGAAACCCUAUAAGAGCAUAUACUCCUCCUCCACCACCACCCCCUCCACCUGGGCCUCACCCGAAUCUUGGGAAAUCUCCUAGUCCUGUUCAGAGAAUAGAUCCUCACACUGGGACAAGCAUUCUUUAUGUACCUGCUGUUUACGGAGGAAAUAUGGUCAUGUCUGUGCCUUUGCCAGUACCGUGGACAGGGUAUCAGAGUAGGUUUGCAGUAGAUCCUCGAAUCAUUACUCAUCAAGCAGCCAUGGCAUAUAAUGUGAAUCUGCUACAAGCACAUGGACGUGGAUCUCCUAUACCCUACGGUCUUGGACAUCAUUCACCAGUUAGCAUAGCACAGCAGCAGCAGCUUCAGCAUUUAGAUAAAGAACAACUUGAACAAAAUCGAAACAGCAAAAAUGAACCUUCUGCUGGGCCUGAAAUCAAUAAAAUUCGGACACCGGAGAAAAAGCCAUUAGAAGCCAAGCAGGUGGAUUUAGAAGCAAAUUCCCAAAAUAGAAGCCCGGAAUCACGUGCCAGCACUGCUUAUUCUAAUCCUAAAUUUCAUCGCAAAGAUAAUCUGAAUCCCAGGCAACUGAACCUUCACCUCACCCCUCCCCAUGCCCAGUAUGUUGUUCCCAAUCGCCACUUCCAGCAUCUCUCCCAAAUUCCAAGACAGCCAUACUCCGCACCACCGCAGCAAAACCUCUUAAGUCAGCAACAGAAUCAUUUGUCUGAACAGCAAAACCAAAUGCACCCACAGCAAAGCCAGAUAGUCCAGCAGCAUAAUCAUUUAAGCCAGCAGCCACAACAACCACCCUCCCUGCUUUCUCCUGCCUAUCAAACAGGCCCCAACCAAUCGUUCUUUAAAAAUCCGGUUCCACAAAGACCUCACUCUCCUGGUGCAGAAGCUGUGAUUUCAGAGCAGCAUCACCCAUCUCUGUUACAAGAAGUCAGCAACCCUUUAAGGCCCAUUGCACAACCCAACCCAAUGAUGUCAUCCCACUUGAACCACUUUGUUGAAGAGAGUCCUCCAGGAAUGCCUGUAGGAGAAUCAUUGGAUCGUAUUCAUGGAAAUUUAGCUUUGGAAACCUUAAGGCAACAGCAAGCAAGACUGCAACAGUGGAAUGAGCAUAACGCCUAUCUCAGUCAGGGCAAUAUUCCUUAUUCUCACCAUCACCACCCUCACUUAUCCCACCUUUCUCAGCAGCCAAUUGGAUUGCAUCAGCAGCCAGUUAGGGCAAACUGGAAACUUGCCAGCAAUGUGGAAGAUGAACCUGAGGCAACAUAUUCAAGGUUCCAAGAUUUGCUCCGAGAACUGUCACAUCGUGAUCAAAAUGAAAGCAGGGACCUAGUUGAAAUGCCACCGCCUCAGUCAAGACUUUUGCAAUACAGACAAGUCCAGUCCAGAAGCCCAUCAGUGCUCCCCUCUCCAUCAUGCAACUCAAACCACAGUGGCCACUUCCCUAAUUUCUCUGAGAACAGAGACGUUGAAAUACCUAACAACCCAGCAUUUCAGCAGCACUUGCCUCAAAUGUACAAUCCCCCUUUAUCAAUGCCAUCUGAACACAUAACUCCACCUUCUGUGAAAUAUCUGCAGCCUGAUGGAUCAUGGACCUAUGCUAACCUACACCAGAGUCAUCUAAUGGGGCAAGGCUUUCAUUAUGGUAUACCUCCAUUGCCUCAUAGAUCACAGCAGAACCCUUUUAUCCAAAUACAGAAUCAUCAGCAUGUGGUUGGUCAGGAACCAUUUCACUCCCUCAGUUCACGAGCAGUAUCUGCUUCUUCACUGCACAGCUUAGAAGAGUAUGAACCAAGAGGACCAGGCAGGCCAUUGUACCAAAGAAGAAUUUCAUCUAGUUCAACCCAGGCUUGUUCUGAAGAUUUGAGCACUCCUCAAGGUAGCCUUGGACAGUGUAAAGAACUUCAGGACCCCAGUAACCCAUCUUCUUUCAAUUAUUCAUCCCCUGAAUUGUGGGUGAACUCCACCUCAUCAACUCCAUAUCAGAACAUUCCAUGCAAUGGAUCCAGUAGAACAGUUCAACCAAGAGAACUGAUAGUUCCAUCGAAGACUGCCAAAUCCACUGAGGAACAGAUGAAAGUGGAGAACCUUCAGUUGUCCAAUUCUUUCAAUUACAACAUGCUUCAACACCUUGGCCAGUUCCCUCCCCUCAUGCCCAACAAGCAGAUGGUUGAAUCCAGCAGCAACAGCCAGCCGAGCGCUGGGGCAAACAAGCCUGCCAUGUCCUACGCAAGUGCUCUGAGGGCUCCACCCAAGCCCAAAGCCCCACCCGAGCAGGCAAAAAAGAAUAGUGACCCCUUGUCUUUGUUUCAGGAACUUAGUCUAGGUAGUUCAUCAGGUAGCAAUGGCUUUUACUCCUAUUUUAAAUAAUCAGGAUAUUUUUGUAGAGAAGUUUUAAUUUCUUUUUGUGUCUGUAGAUUUGAGGUAGUUGGGGCUUUCCCUGCAGUUGCCACCAUUUCUUCUUCUUUAUAUUAGUAAAUAUACCUUGGUUUAAUUGCUUUGCUGCUAGACUUGAAGCUAAACUUUUUAAGUUAUAUAUCUUUUUUUAAAAUGUGGGUCUGAGUUUUGAGAAAAUUCCCUAGAAAACACACACAUAAUUUAAAAAAAAUUAAAAAAUUAAAAAUACAUAAAAAUUAUGUAACUUUAUAUAUGUGUUGCAUUAAAGCUAGCAGCUGAAAGUUAACUGUGCAACUUUAAAAAAAUUAAUUUUUUAAAAAAGUUGUCUAAAUUGUAUUUAAAGAAAAAUGUAAGUAGCAUUUACAUUUAUUCAAUAACAUUUAGCAUACUAUGCUGGGUUUCUGUACCAGAAAUGGCCAGUUUAAUGUACAGAUGUAUGUUAUGUCUGCUUAAAUUGUUUAAUUUUUUUAAAAUAAAAGUGCAGCAUCUUCUAAUUACUUUCACUUUUAUCAGCUUUCUGUGAACCGAUGCUGCAUUCUAAGACUUUUAUAGUUUUAGAACCUGUACGAUGUGGUAAAGUAAUCUUCUUUGAGUUUAGGAUAAAAGUAAAGACCUUUUUGCAGACCCACGUACCACUGUUUCUAACAUUUCAGAAUAAAACAACAAAAAAGAGCAGUGGUCACUAUUAAAAUUUAAAAAAAACAUUUAUUUUUGGACAAGCUGCUAAUUUUAGCUUGUUAGAAAUUUUAAAUUGAUAGGUUUUUAAACAAGAAUCAUGAAAUUAACCCCCUCCCUUCUUUUUGGUUAUGUUGGGUGCUUUGUAGUUUAAUAACUAUUUAAACAGACUGAGUGAAUUUAAUAAACUAUUUGGGUCCCCUUCCCAACUAUGCAUGUGUAAAUGCUUGUAAUCUGGUUUCUCCCCCUCUGGCUUCUCUAGUGGUAUAAAAAAUUGUGCCGCUUUAAGUCCCCCCCAACCCCCAGUAAAUCCUUUUGGUACAUUAUUUGAUGUUUACAUUAAAUGUGACAUUAUACACAGAUAUUCAGAUAUUUUGCUAACUGUUUUGUUUGAGGAUCACCAUUAAAGAAGAUUUUUAUGUUUGUCAAACCUGUAUCCAAAUUAAUCCAAAUUACGGGGAGAGAUGAAUUGUGGGAAAGGGAGGGGGAAUCAGAUGCAAACUACAUGGUUGUUUUUAUCUUUGUAUGUUCUGCUAAGGUUAUCCACAAACUUGGUCUUUUACCACUGUAUAUUGACAGUGAAUCUAUAAAGAAUUAUACAGCAAUAUGUAACAAAAUCUUGGGGGAAAAGCAUUUUAGGGUAAUGUUUACCUUUCAGGUUGUGGUCUUGUACACUGUUCAUACUUUUGAAGUAAGGGAUGUAUCUUUUAUAGCCUCUACAGAGGUCCUUGUCCUCCUUUACACUUGAAAAUAUCUCUUUGAUUGGAGACAUUCAUUUUUAUCAACAAUUUAUUUAUUUUAAUUUCCCAUGGUAAAAAAAAUAACAACGACAAGUGAUAUUUUCAAAGCUAGUCUAAUUUAAAACAUUUAUUUCUUUUUUUUGAGGUGGCCCACGUCCCCCACAGCUUUGAAACCAAUGGGAUGAAUUAACAGUCUUUUGCUGAGCUACUGUACUUGCUGCUAUAUUCAAUCUGAUAUUUGCUCUGGUUACAAUCUACCUGAUCCCUGUUGGAUUUUGUCAGUUGAGACCGUGAAAUCUCAGCCGGGUUGAUAUCAAUAUAAUUUGUCCUUAUUGAUUUCAUGUAAGUUGGGAUUUCGCUCAGGGAUCUUUCUGUAAAAAGUUUGCAUACAAAUGUAAUGCACUGCAGUGUUGGAUAAUUAUUUGGGGUCAUGGCUCAGAAUGCAGGAUAAAGCUUCAUAGCUAUGUAACUUUAUUUCUUAGGGUUAGGAAACCAAGCAAGGGACAAAGGAAUAGAGAACCUGCUCUGUUUUGUUUAGCCCCUUGAGCAUAUGGCUUCAGAUCAGGAAGAUACAGUGUCCAAGUUCUGUGCCUCUUCAAUAUUGCCAUCACUGGUAUCAUUAGUAACUUUGACGACACAAUAAAGUGAGAGAUAAUAAUUACAUCAUCUCUGGGUAUAUACCAGGAUUUGCUCCUGCUAAAUAAAUCUGAACCUACGUAUUUCUUAAAGUUCUGUGGAACAUGGUGAGACUUUUGCCAGAAGUGCAGUUCCAGUCCUCCUGAGGUGGGCACAGUCAAGAGUUACUGGUGGCUUAUGCAAAAGAAGGGUGACAGGUUGCAUAGCUGCACUGGCUUGGUUCAGCACUCUGAACUUCAGGGGUUUCCAAAUCACUCAUUUAUAUAGCCUUACAAUUCUGUUCACCUUAUGUGGAAAUUAAACUAAUAAAUAUUUCCUGUUCAUUUUCCUCAA